UACUGUGUACAUAUAUGUACUGUAUUUAAAGUGUGUGUCGUUGACUGUUGCAUGUAUUUGCCACUAAAAUUCAAUAAACUAAAUUACAUAGUUUCCACGUGGUUAAUAAUUUUUUAAAAUUGUAUAAUAAUUAAUACUAUAUUUAAUAACAAAAAUGAAAAAUAAAUCAUUAAAAAGAAGUGCUCCACCAACAAAAGAGGUAGAGCCAUCAGUUGAAUUACCAGCAAAACGAUCAUCUGAUGAGCCUCCAACAAAAAAAGUCAAAUGGAUAAAUCGACAACGAGUAUUAAUGCUUGCAUCACGUGGAAUAAAUCAUCGUGAUCGUCAUUUAAUGGAAGACAUAAAAAAUCUAAUGCCUCAUCAUCGUACUGAAGCCAAGAUGGAGAGACAAAAAAAUCUUCAAAUUAUCAAUGAAAUAUGUGAAUCUAAAAAUUGUAACAAAGCAAUAUUAUUUGAAGGAAGACGUAAACGUGAUCUUUAUGCUUGGUUUUCCAAUAGUCCAGUUGGUCCAUCAGUAAAAUUUAUGGUUGAAAAUGUUUAUACAAUGGGUGAAUUAAAAUUAACUGGUAAUUGUUUAAAAGGAUCAAGACCAAUAUUAUCAUUUGAUGAAAAUUUCAGUCGUCUACCACAUUAUGCAUUGUUGAAAGAGUUGUUGACUCAAAUAUUUGGUGUACCAAAUAAACAUCCAAAAAGUAAACCAUUUUUCGAUCAUGUUUAUACAUUUAGUGUUCUUGAUAACAGAAUUUGGUUUAGAAAUUAUCAAAUUUUAACUGAAGAUGGUGGUCUUGCUGAAAUUGGACCAAGAUUUGUAUUGAAUCCAGUUAAAAUAUUUGCUGGUAGUUUUGGAGGUGAAACAAUUUGGGAUAAUCCACAUUACAUAUCACCAGCAAAAUACCGUCAAAGCAUUAACAAACAGGCUUGCAGUAAAUACAUUAAUCGAGUGGAGCAAAAAAUGACCCAAGAGGCUAACAAGCCAUCAAAGUCAUAUGAUUUGAAUCCACUCGAUGAAGUGUUUAAAGAGUCUUAUAAAAAAUAA